AUCGAGGUGCAUUAUGGGGAAAGUCGUUGCCAUUCGACCUCUGCAAGCCUGCGCGGACGCAGCUAGAACCCUGAAAUUCAUUAUGCGUUUAAAAGCUUUAUUUAUUUCCGCAUAACCUACAUACUCUCACCAGGAGGCCAAAGCGGAAAAAACGACAAUCAGCCAUUUAAUUCGGAUCCGUAACAUAUCAUACUUAAAGAAAUAGAAAUUAGUCGGUAGUAAUAUUGUUAAGAAAGUGGUAAAUUUUGAUAUAUUAAGAAAAUGUCCGGAGAGAGAAACCGCAGGUCGCUGGCGUUCCGAGGAGGUGGAUUAGCGGUAACCAGCUCCAGUGGUGUCGGUGGGGGCAACAGUAACAGCUGGGAGGCCCAGGCCUGUCAAGACCGACAUUUGAACGGGAACAGGCCAGAUCAAGAAGAGGAUAGGGAUCUGGGGGCAAAAGGACCAUCGCAAGGGAGAGUGGAGGGUGGGGGGUCUGUCAGUGAUAGCACAGAACCAGAGGCUGAGGAGGAAGAGGACCCGGAAGGGGGCAACUGGGCAUCUGGGGUAGGAGAGGAUCGUGUCGGUUGGGUGGCAGUAACUGUCGGAGAAGACGAGUCCAGGGAAGGGAGUAGCCGGACAGCGGGUAACUGCCUGAACAGCGAGGACGGCGCUGACUUGGGCAGCGGGGGCACGGGAUCCGAGGACAACAGAGGCGAAGCUGCCGGGAAAUCUUGGGUAGAAAUGAGACCGCAGACGCUACUCCUGAAACACUCCCAAUUCCAAGCUUCAUGGCUACAGGAGUUUCCAUGGCUCACAUUUUGUCAGGAGACGGGACUUAUGUCCUGCUCCUGGUGUCACAACAUUCCCACUAAAAACAACGACGAGCUGGUCAGAGGUAGUCGAAAUUACAAGCGGGCCUUGCUGCUGAGACAUCACCUGUCUUCUGAGCACGGGAGGAAUGACCCGACGAAGCAGGAGCUGGAGCGGCCUGGCUGUGAGGACCCCCCCCAGGGGACAGACAUGGAGACAGAAGACUACUACAGUAAUAACAAACCUAACCAGGACUCGUACUGCUACCAGCUGCUGCAGGAACUGGACAAACAACGCAAGGGAGGAAUCCUGUGUGAUGUGAACAUCGUUGUGAGUGGAGAGGUGUUCCGGGCGCACAAGAACAUCCUCGUGGCCGGGAGCCGUUACUUCAAGACCCUCUACUGCCUGACCAAGAGCGAGAACUCCUCCUCCACUUCCUCAUCCUCGCCAUCUGACCAGACGACCACAGUCACCGUCACCCAUCUCGACGUGGCGGCCGGGGCGGGGUUCUCAGUCAUCCUGGACUUCCUGUAUAGCGGUAACCUCCUACUGACCAGUCAGAACGCCAUCGAGGUGAUGUCCAUGGCCUCUUUCCUCCAGAUGACGGAGGUGGUGGGAUCGUGUCGUGCGUUCAUCAAGGAAGCCCUCAACAUCAGCAUCAAGCAGGAAGCCCCCGACUCAGUGGUGGUGGACUACAACAAGAGGAGAACGGUGGCCAAAGACGGAGCAGGACAGGUGGGCUCGGACGGCAGCACCAACAAGAAGCCUGGAUGUAACUUCUGGGCCACCAGCAUCCUGUCCAAGCUGUCGAUAAAAGCCAGUGGUCAUGUCAACAAUGGGGACCAGGUAGGGGGAGGCAGCGUGAAGGAGGAGCCCAGUGAUGUGAUGGUAUCUGCGGGGGAGGGCUGCGCCCUGGGGAGCUCCGGCUGGGGCUGUGAGAACUCGGCUGAGAACGAGCCUCCGAGCGUUCCGGGGCCGGUGUUCGUCUGGAACGAGCCGGCUCCCGGGGCAGCGGCGGGCGGGCCGGUGGUGGUGAAGCGGGAAGAUCAGAAGGUGGAGCCGGGGAGCGGGCGGAGGAAAAAACAGAUCACACGGCGGUUCGUCUACAACAUCCCACCGGAGUCGGAGGAAAGGUUUGACGAGGGGAUGUUCAUCCAGCCCUCAGCCUCCUACCCCAGGGAGGACUUCUCCUUCCUCUCUGAGAACGCCGAACUGGCCAAUCAGUUCCAAUACAGCCUCCUACAAGAGUCCGAGCAAGGGGAGUCCUGGGAGAAUGGCGAGUCGUCCAACAUAGCCCUGAAUAAGCUCAAGUGUCCCCACUGUAACUACAUCGCCAAGCACCGGAGAACACUAAAGAGGCACCUCAUCAUUCACUCCGGCGUCCGCUCCUUCAGCUGCGACAUCUGUGGCAAGCUGUUCACCCGCAGAGAGCACGUCAAGAGACAUUCCCUGGUGCACAAGAAGGACAAAAAGUACAAGUGCAUGGUGUGCAAGAAGAUCUUCAUGCUGGCGGCCAGCGUGGGGAUCCGGCACGGCUCACGGCGCUACGGCGUGUGUAUGGACUGUGCUGAAUCCCACCCGGCCACGCAGGAGGGCCUGGAAUCCCUGGAGGUGUUCGUCCGCGAGGGUGAUGACUUUGAGGGGGAGGAGCCUGACGAGGACAUGGCUGAGGAGGGGGAGGAGCCUAACGACAACGACCAAUCCAACUUGGAGGGCGACACUGGUGCCGCCCCAGAAGAUGACUAGCUCAGAUAGAAACAAACAAAAAAUAGUUAACGAUUUAAAAAAAAUUAAAUUAAGCUGGUAAACAAUCAACAACUCCAAAGUGCUAUCAAAACCUCGAGGUUACUUACACGGUUUAGUGUAUGAGACAAAGAGAGAAGCUUUGGUAGAGCGGGACUCCAAGAUGUACAGAUAUGUGUCAGACUCUGGGCCUAGUGCUCACUAGAGAAAGAGAAAAAUGAAAUAUUGAAAUCAGGUUCAUGGUGAUUUUGUUUUGGGGGGAUGUACAGCGUUUUUAGUUGCAAUAGACCAAUCAUCUUAAGAAAUAUUAUUUAAUUUAUGAAAGAAGUUAUUAUGGUCUUGUUCAAUUAUAUAAUUUUUUUUCCUGUUUUGUUGUAAACUGCUAUCAAUGAGGUUCAGUUUCAGUUUUUGACUGUACUUUCUGUCAAAUCUGUAACUAUAUUGCUCGGUGCGUGUUUUUAGAAGGAGGGAUGUCAAAGAAAGGGCAUUAUUUGCCGACAGGAAGAUUUUUGAUGUUUAGAUGACCUGAACAUUAUGAUUACUAUUCUAUCUUUUCCCUGCACAAAUCUUGGAACCAAAAAAUCUGUUUUGUGACUAUUUUAUCACAGCCAUAUUUAUGAGUUUAAGUUAAGUGGGCUGUGCUAUUGUGCCAAGCAGAAAGCACACCAAGAUUUACCAGGAAACAAAAAACUACUGAGAGAAAAAAAAAAUCAAGCAGAGAAAAAAAGAAAAAGAUUUAGAAAAAAAGAAGCGAAAGUACAAGGGGAAAUGUUAUUUGCUAGCUUUAUACAAAUCACAGCACCACACAGUAACACUUUAUAAAGCAUUUUGACAUUCACUUAAAGCUUGAAUUUUGCCAAAUGACGGAAAUGUUUGGUGCUGUAAUGUUUAUGUCGCGAAAUACUGGACCUACAGCUGUAUAUGAUGUUUAUAAUCAUAAAGCCUGAAAUGACUCAGUUAUAAAUAUAUAUAUUAAUCAGCUCUCUAUAGAACACUGUUGUGCUACGGAGCCUAUCAGGUAUGCUUUGCCAUUGUCUUUUUGUAUUUAAUGAACACACACGCUCACAUACCAUUUUGUAGAACUACCGGCAGUACUUGUAAACAUGAUGUAGGGACCUAAGUUAAAAAUAUACCUUUAUAUAUAUAUACACGUGGUUUAUAUCAGGUAGUGAUAUAUUAUAGCUCUCUAUAUAUAUAUAUAUAUAUACUUUGAAUCACUUGAAUGUUGGGUGUAAGGUAGUAUUUUAAAGAGUGCAGAUAUAUGAAGUCUGAAAGAGAAACUCCAUUUUGAAAAGUUAUAAUUUUUACAAUCAGUUUAUUUAAUUUGAUAGAAGUAUUUUUAUUUUGUCUGCCAGGUAGGAAAACACUUUGUUCGAUAUAAACUACAGAUCUAUGAUGCGUAACAGACAUGCACUUACUACUAUUUUGCGUUCAUGAAAAUCAUUUUGUUUUUCAAUGUCUUUUCUUGCUUCCCCAAAGUGGGUCUGAAUGGAACUAUUUUCUUUUUCUUAGAUGUUUUGUUAUUUAAUAUUAUUAUAUUGGCUCCGAAAUGCAAUCAAGACUGUUAAUUUCUAUCUAUUUGUCCAACCAAAUUGUUUAUUAAUUAUUGUUGAGAUAGCCAGGUAAUCUCUACAGUAUGUAGUGAUCUGCUUGUGUAUGUAAUUGUCAGAUAAAAAAAAAAAAAUCAUUCACUUUACCUUAAAUGCAUAUAUAGUUUUAUUUGUCCUUUUAUAAUGUAUUUUCUUUUCCUUUUUUAUUUAAUUUAAUUAAGCACAUAUUUGAUAAGAAAUAUGGAUUGUUUGCAGGUUAAAACCUAGGAACAGCAGUUUGUCCAAAUGCAGUGGAUAUAUUGAAGUGCUAUAAUUAUACAGAAAUGUUUGACCUCCCUGUACUCCAAAUGCAAAUGUAUUUUAAAGAAAGCUCCUAUAGAGAAAUCCUCAUUCAUGUUCGUAAAAUAUGAUUUACCUUCAAAUCACUGGGAGGGAUUUUAUAUAUGAAAAAAAAAAAGAUUUUAGCUAGUUUAUUUUAGUUAAUGGAACACGCUCAGCUGCAGUUGGCUUGUUUAAAAUCUUGGCCUUGUGUUGUGUCAUACUGGGUUGCCUUCAGAAGGCACUGUACUUGUCCAAUAAAAAACCUGUUUUUAGUUUUCCAUGGUAAAAUGUGUUGUUACGGUGUGCCCUAAUGAACACGUCCCUAACCUUCCACUCUAUCUGUUCACACCUGUGCUCGUCCAUCGAACUAUCCUGUUUCUCUUUUACUGUACAACGGAUGAUCUCAAGAUGACUUGUUUUAGAUUUUAUUAUGCUGUACUGUAAUGGACAAAUCAAGUAAAACACUACUACAGAAACAGUGUUUUUUUUUUUCUUCGUUUUUUUUCGGCUGUAUUUUUUUAAAGAUGUUUUAAAUUGUGUAUUUUUCAACUCUUUUCAAACUACAGCGAUGCAAAACCAAUGGGCCUUUCCUGGGCUCAACCCUGAACACAAAACACGUCAGGUUACUCUUUUUACAUUUUUGUUUUUCUCCAAGGUUUUCAAAAAUGAAUUACAUUCUCCUUUUUCUGUUUCAAUUGUACUACUGUUCCUCUAUAAUACAUAUUCAAAAUAAAACUCUUAAACUUGA